AUGCAUCUCCCGUCCCUCUUUUCGGUCCUCUCUGUCUCGCUCUCCCUCUCCUCUCUUGUUGCUGCGACUACCACCGAGGAGCUCCCCAAUGGGCUGAAAAUUGAAAAGAUACACACCGUGGAUUGUGAGCGACGCACCCUCAGCGGCGACUCCAUUAAGGUGCAUUACCGCGGCACCCUUGCGGAGAGCGGCAAACAAUUCGAUGCUAGCUAUGAUCGCGGGUCUCCGUUGAGCUUUAUGGUGGGAACAGGCAUGGUUAUUCAGGGCUGGGACCAGGGCCUUAUCGGCAUGUGCGUUGGGGACAAGAGAAAGUUAACUAUUCCUCCGGAGCUGGGGUACGGAAAUCGGGCCAUGGGACCGAUUCCGGCUGGAUCGACGCUUAUUUUUGAGACUGAGUUGAUGGAGAUUGAGGGUGUAAAAAAGGAUGAACUUUGA